AUGAACUGGAUUUUCCUCCAGGCCCUCCUCAGCGGGGUGAACAAGUACUCCACAGCGUUCGGCCGCAUCUGGCUCUCGGUGGUCUUUGUCUUCCGGGUGUUGGUGUUGGUGGUGGCAGCAGAGAAGGUGUGGGGUGAAGAGCAGAAGGAAUUUGCCUGCAACACGGCCCAGCCGGGUUGCCACAAUGUUUGCUACGACCAUUUCUUCCCCGUGUCCAUCGCGCGCCUGUGGGCCCUGCAGCUCAUCUUUGUCACCUGCCCCUCGCUGCUGGUGGUAUUGCACGUGGCCUACCGCAAGGAGCGAGAGCGCAAACACUGCCUCAAGUACGGUGAGGGGUGUCCUCGCCUCUAUGCAGAUGUGGGGAAGAAACGUGGAGGUCUGUGGUGGACAUAUUUCUUGAGCCUGCUCUUCAAGAUGGCAGUGGACGCGACCUUCGUCUACCUGGUCUACUACAUCUAUGAGGCAAAUUUUUUUCCCCUGCUGGUGAAGUGCAAAGAGGCGCCCUGUCCCAACGAGGUGGACUGCUUCAUCACCCGGCCCACGGAGAAGCGCAUCUUCGCCUCCUUCAUGGUGAUUAUCAGCCUAAUAUGCAUCCUCCUCACUCUUAGUGAGGUCCUUUACCUGCUCGGCAAACGCUGUAAAGAGCACUGCCCGCCCAAAAGCUGUACCGCUCAGCCUGUUGUGGCAUCUUCAGCGUUCGGUAAGAAUAACACUUCCUUCUUGGAGAGCCACCCUCUGAAAGAGCUCAGCAAUGGUAAUAAAGACACCAGUGCUCCAGCGUACAGCAUUUCAGUUUCCUGA